CCAUUCUUAUUCUUACAGAAUAUGAUAUGCAGCUAUUGCAUCAGCAGUUCGGGAGGGGAGGAAGGAGGUUAUUAGUAAAUGCCUAAGCGCUCCUGCACUAUAUCGUUCUUCUAGUUCUUCCUAUUUGACCAGAUGAAGCGAAAACAACUGACCGAUGAUGGAAAGGCGUACGGACAACCAAAGAAUUGCGUUGCAUAUGUAACGGUUUCAUCCGCGACGACUGAUCUAAGAGUAUAGAAUAGAUGGUGACGCGGGUGGAAAAAUCAAGAUAGGAAAGAAUGUUCCCUACCUAACCGUAUACUAAGAAGUAUAGGGUGGAGGAUGGCAUAGAGAAGACUAACACUAGCCGAACAACCAGUAGAGCGGGGAUAACGUACGAAACCGAUAGUGAGAGCUAGCUGAGAAAUUGCACAAAAAAAGAGGUCACGUUCGAACGGUAAGCUACAACUAAGAAAGAUGUAUUGUAUAUAAUUGUAUAUAAUAAUAAAUAGCAUUUCCGCGGCCUGUAACACAAGCGUUUCGGAUCCCCGAUACCAUCAGAUUUUUUACCGUAAACAGGCUCUUCAAUCGAAAGAGAUUCGUCUAGUCUAGACUUCAAAAGUCUUAUCUUAUUCAGUUUAAAAGAGGCAUCUGCCUCGGUAAGAAGAUAUCCCGAUAGAUGGAAGACUAGCAAAACCAAUUACUUAGAAUAAAGGGCUCCCUUCUCUUCUGAACAAGACAACAAAGGCUGACUCUCCAUCUCCUUACGCGGAUGAGAUAACUGCUGAUUCGUGAACUGAACAACUGCUGCUUUCCUCCCCGAUGGUUAUUCACUCGCUUGAAAGUCUACGAUUGUUUGGUCUUCCCUCUUUUCUUUGGGGGGAGCGGAACCUUUUUACAAAAAAGUAAAUCAACUAUGACAAAUCUGGUUCGAUGGCUUUUCUCCACUAACCACAAAGAUAUAGGGACUCUAUAUUUCAUCUUCGGUGCCAUUGCUGGAGUGAUGGGCACAUGCUUUUCAGUACUGAUUCGUAUGGAAUUAGCACGCCCCGGCGAUCAAAUUCUUGGUGGGAAUCAUCAACUUUAUAAUGUUUUAAUAACGGCUCACGCCUUUUUAAUGAUCUUUUUUAUGGUUAUGCCGGCGAUGAUAGGUGGAUCUGGUAAUUGGUCUGUUCCGAUUCUGAUAGGUGCGCCUGACAUGGCAUUUCCACGAUUAAAUAAUAUUUCAUUCUGGUUGUUGCCACCAAGUCUCUUGCUCCUAUUAAGCUCAGCCUUAGUAGAAGUGGGUAGCGGAACUGGGUGGACGGUCUAUCCGCCCUUAAGUGGUAUUACCAGCCAUUCUGGAGGAGCAGUUGAUUUAGCAAUUUCUAGUCUUCAUCUAUCUGGUGUUUCAUCCAUUUUAGGUUCUAUCAAUUUUAUAACAACUAUCUCCAACAUGCGUGGACCUGGAAUGACUAUGCAUAGAUCACCCCUAUUUGUUUGGUCCGUUCUAGUGACAGCAUUCCCACUUUUAUUAUCACUUCCGGUACUGGCAGGGGCAAUUACCAUGUUAUUAACUGAUCGAAACUUUAAUACAACCUUUUUUGAUCCUGCUGGAGGGGGAGACCCUAUAUUAUACCAGCAUCUCUUUCGGUUCUUCGGUCACCCUGAAGUUUACAUCCUCAUUCUGCCUGGAUCCGGUAUCAUAAGUCAUAUCGUUUCCACUUUUUCGGGAAAACCGGUUUUCGGGUAUCUAGGCAUGGUUUAUGCCAUGAUCAGUAUAGGCGUCCUUGGAUUUCUUGUUUGGGCUCAUCAUAUGUUUACUGUGGGCUUAGACGUUGAUACCCGUGCCUACUUCACCGCAGCUACCAUGAUUAUAGCUGUCCCCACUGGAAUCAAAAUCUUUAGUUGGAUCGCUACCAUGUGGGGGGGUUCGAUACAAUACAAAACACCCAUGUUAUUUGCUGUAGGGUUCAUCUUUUUGUUCACCAUAGGAGGACUCACGGGAAUAGUUCUGGCAAAUUCUGGGCUAGACAUUGCUCUACAUGAUACUUAUUAUGUGGUUGCACAUUUCCAUUAUGUACUUUCUAUGGGAGCCGUUUUUGCUUUAUUUGCAGGAUUUCACUAUUGGGUAGGUAAAAUCUUUGGUCGGACAUACCCUGAAACUUUAGGUCAAAUCCAUUUUUGGAUCACUUUUUUCGGGGUUAAUCUGACCUUCUUUCCUAUGCAUUUCUUAGGGCUUUCGGGUAUGCCACGUCGCAUUCCAGAUUAUCCAGAUGCUUACGCUGGAUGGAAUGCCCUUAGCAGUUUUGGCUCUUAUAUAUCCGUAGUUGGGAUUUGUCGUUUCUUCGUGGUCGUAACAAUCACUUCAAGCAGUGGAAAGAACAAAAGAUGUGCUCCAAGUCCUUGGGCUGUUGAACAGAAUCCAACCACACCAGAAUGGAUGGUACAAAGUCCUCCAGCUUUUCAUACUUUUGGAGAACUUCCAGCUAUCAAAGAGACGAAAAGCUAUGUGAAGUAAAAGAAGAAAAGGUCGCCGAUUGCUACUAAGAACCUAACAGAACUUU